AUGCCGAAGAACAUCCAUUCCUUAUUGAAUGUGCAAAACCAGGGCGUCAAGAAGGCGCUGGUUUUCAAAGGCUGGGGCGGUAAAGGAAAGGGCAAAGACGGACAAGGAGAGGAUGGAAAAGGUAUGGGGAAGGACGGCGUGGGCAAGGGCAAAGAGAAAGGACAGGGGAAAGGAAAUAACAAAGGCAAAAGCAAUGGAAAGGACAAGGGGAAAGGCAAAGAAGGCCGCCAGAAUGAUGGAAUGACCGUCAUGGUCAAGGGUUUGGCCUGGAAGCUGGACCAAAAGACCAUUGAGAAGGAUUUCUGCAAGUGCGGCGAGGUGGUGUCUUGCCGCGUUCCCAAGAACCAGGAUGGAAAUUUGAAGGGCUUCGCCUUCAUCGAAUUCAAGGAUGAGGAGGGCGUCAAGCAGGCGCUGGAUUUCAAUCAGAUCGAUUAUCACGGAAGGACAAUUUUUGUGAACAAGGCAGGAGAAGGUAUGGGGAAGGACGGCGUGGGCAAGGGCAAAGAGAAAGGACAGGGCAAAGGUGAGAAAGUUAAGAGCAACAACACCAAGGCCACUUUGAAUGCCAGCUGGCCCGAGCUUCAAACUCCUGCUGCGCUGCUCCCAAGAUUGCUGGACCCGUUCAGGAGGCCGAACUAUGAAGCCACGCUGAAGCCAAAGAAGUCGGACGAAAAUAGGGCCUAUCUCGCAUCUGGACUCCUCCGAACACCACGGCCAUUCAAUCCACGCAGUGCUCCGCGGGAGGAUGCAGAGUUGACGGCCGGGCAACGUCUUCUUAAGAUGCUCAAGCCAAAACAAUCGGACGAGAAUGCGUCCCAGAACGACGCUCUGCCGGAAAAGGCUCCGAUUCAUUUCCUGACCCUCGUAUGCUUUGUGCGACCUUUCGCGUCGCAGGAGCAGGAGACAGCGUUGGAUGCCGAAGAGGCGACCGUCUUUCAGUGA